AACGGAGAGCUCCGUUUCCGCGUUCAACUCGCGCCCCAGCGAAAGAUGGCGUUGCAUAGUGCACGUGUCAAUAGAUCGUUGCUCAGAUCCGACGGUCAGCCUUUGUCGGUCGCUCAAGGGAGCGCCGAUAAAUAGCGAGGUCUUGGGUUCCUUCUAAGCUCAUUGAUCACAAGUCUCUUCGAGUCGGAGCGAUCCAAGCGCGAGAGAGCUUCGAUCCAAGCGCGAGAGAUCAAGAUGCAGAUCUUUGUGAAGACCCUUACUGGCAAGACAAUCACCCUUGAGGUUGAGAGCUCAGACACCAUUGAUAAUGUGAAAGCUAAGAUUCAGGACAAAGAGGGGAUCCCACCUGAUCAGCAGCGCCUGAUCUUUGCUGGGAAGCAGUUGGAGGAUGGUCGCACCUUGGCAGACUAUAACAUCCAAAAGGAGUCGACCUUGCACCUGGUUCUCCGCCUAAGGGGGGGCAUGCAGAUCUUCAUCAAGACCCUUACAGGGAAGACUAUCACCCUUGAGGUUGAGAGCUCAGACACCAUUGAUAAUGUGAAAGCAAAGAUUCAGGAUAAGGAGGGCAUCCCACCUGAUCAGCAGCGCCUGAUAUUUGCUGGGAAGCAGCUUGAGGAUGGUCGCACAUUAGCAGAUUACAACAUCCAAAAAGAGUCCACUCUUCACUUGGUCCUCCGAUUAAGAGGUGGAAUGCAGAUCUUUGUCAAGACUCUGACAGGGAAGACGAUCACUUUGGAGGUGGAGAGCUCUGACACCAUUGAUAAUGUCAAGGCAAAGAUUCAGGACAAGGAAGGAAUCCCUCCAGACCAGCAGCGUCUUAUCUUUGCUGGAAAGCAACUUGAGGAUGGACGCACGCUGGCAGAUUACAACAUUCAGAAGGAAUCUACCCUUCACUUGGUGCUGCGGCUGAGGGGUGGUAUGCAGAUCUUUGUUAAGACUUUAACAGGGAAGACAAUUACCUUGGAGGUGGAGAGUUCUGACACCAUUGAUAAUGUGAAGACAAAGAUUCAGGACAAGGAGGGCAUACCCCCUGAUCAGCAGCGCCUCAUCUUUGCCGGGAAGCAGCUGGAGGAUGGUCGCACUCUUGCAGACUACAACAUUCAGAAAGAAUCAACUCUUCACCUUGUCCUGCGUCUCCGUGGUGGUGAUCUCUGCUGAAAUGUUCAUGCUGGUCUGGAAUGGUUGUGAUUGUUGGGUUCUUUAGCUGCAGUUUAUUUCUGAACAUCUGGUUGUUUUGCGAGUCUACGGAUGUUAGUUGCUUGGUUUAUGUCUAUCUAGUUUGUUGUGAAAAUUUGAACGUGAAGGUGGCUGUUUAUGAGCUGUUCUAUCAGAGAUAUUGUUAGCUUUGUUUAAAGAAAUUCUUCCAAUAGGUCCCUUUUAAAUUUGUUAGCUCAAUUUUGAUGUGUCCCCAUGAAAUUUUUUA